GCGAGUAAAAAGAGAAUGCACUUACACCCGUUAGAGCGCGAACUCGAUUCGCUCGCUCGCAACCCCGGGGUAGGUCGUAGAGGGGCGGCUCGGUGUAAAAAUGGAAAUUCCCUGCUGGUGUCCGCGUCUCGUUGGUCGAGCCUCUCCACGUACACUCGCAUCUUCGUUCGAUGCGCCCCGGUAUAUAUGUAUUACCAUACACCUCUUCCCACGGGCUCUCCCAUAAACCGGCUCACAAGUGGCCGAGACAUUCGCCUCUCGACCGCGACCAUGAGAGCACUCGGCUCGCGACGCCCACAGCUACCAGCUACCAGCUUCCACCUUCCUGCGUCGUUCCUCUUCCUCGCCUUUCUGCUCCUCGCCUUCGUGGCCCGCGGUGGCGAGCCGUUGCCGAGCGCGAGCCGCGACCAGGGGAAGCCGCUCCUCGUCGACGGGGCCCGUUCGAAUUCGUCGGCCGGGGCACAACGGCGGGACUUGGAUCGGGAAACGGGUCGAGGUGAGACGUGGACGCUCGUAGGAGAGGAGCGGAGGAGAGAUGUCGGCGACGGGUCGUCCGACGAUCGGAAGAGGAAGGAGGAGGAGGAGGAGGAGGCCGAGGGCGCGGUGAAGAAGCGGAGGAGGAACGACGUUGGUAAAUCGGCGGAGGAGGGUAAGGAGGAGAGCGAGGGGAUCAGGAGGUUCGACGGCGGCGAGGGAGCUCGGGUGAUCCCGGGUUAUUUUCGGAAAUCGGGGAAGUUGGAGGAGGAGGAGGCGGGGGAGGAGGAGGGAGGGAGCGAGGAGGAGGCCCCUUGCAACGAAAGUUCGGAGGUGGAGGGAAGGGGGUACAGGUCGUUGCUCGAGCCGCGUGUCGGCGGAGCGAAAAAUCGCAAGAGUUCCACCGUUUACCUGAGCGCGGAGGAGAAGAGGAUAUCGGACGGGGAGCAACAGUCGAUCGUGGACGGACAGAUAAAGAGGUUGAUAUCGAUACGGGACGACGCGUUGGACGCGAGGGCCAAGGCGGACGAGAUGGACGAGGCGAAGGUGUUGAAUUUCAAACGGGAGGUCGAGCCGGAGGUUCAGCGCGGAGACAAGGGUAACAACGGACAAAAGUCGGGCAAAGCUCGAGAUCUGCAGGAAAUCAGGCUUCUCACCCCGGACACGUUGGUGUACAACAUUCUGCAGGACGCUUUGGAAACGUAUCAGAGCGAGGAGCCUCGGAUCUCUUACAUCGACAUCAACAACGACACCCUUAAAAAGUUGGUGACCACCGAUCAAUUGUACAUACUCCGGAUGGCCGAGAAAUUUUUGCCUCAAACCCUGCGCCUCGACUACUCGGAGAAGAUGUUCUCCUGCGUGAGAAGAUUCGAGUAUUACAGCUGCGUCAAGUACAUCGCCUGGCCUAUGAUCAAACAAUACUUCCCCGCCCUGCCCCCCUUCCCCGACUUCCACACCUGGUAUCCGAUAAUCGACGUGUACCCCGUCUUCUCCCCGCUGCCCGCUUACCUCGAAGGUGUCCCCGCGGAUCUGGAGUUGCCGGAAGUGGUGGACGCGGACGACUCGAAAACGGGGAAGAAAAACGGGCCCGAGGCGACCAUCAUCCAGAUCCUGCACAACGUUCUCAAGGAUCGUAGGGCGGACCCCCACCCUUCCCCCGCCCCCUCCUUCCUCGACCGAUCGGCCGACAUCUACAUCGCUUUCCUAUUCGACGACCGCUCGGUGACCAUCAACUUGACCGAGCGAUCGAUCCCGAUCUCGUACAGGGCCCGAUUCGCCCAGAACACGAUCAGAUGCGCCAAGGAGUACGAUUACCUGGCGUGCUUCAAAUACUCGGUCUGGCCAAUGGUCAAACGCAUCGCCCCCGACGCGUUCACCCUCCCUUCGGAACAUGUUCAGAGUCCAGUGGUGGCCGAGCUCGUCCCAAAAUUCGUCGUCUAUCUGCCCACCGUCCUCGCGAAAGGCGACGGGCCCGCUUAUCUCCUCCCGUUCAAGGAGGUGGAGGGGGGGCAAAGGGGAGGGACGCGGUUGAGCUCCUCGGACGAGUUGGAGACGAAGAUGCUGGACGCUCUGGCGAAGGUGCGGGACUCGGUCGACGCGGCGAGGGAGAUGUCCACGUUCAUCCUGACGGGGGACGCCGCGACGUACACGAUCUCGUUUACCAGGAGGCAGAUGGAAAUUUUACGGCUGGCCGAGUAUCUGGUCCCGCCCUCGGCCCGCCCGACCCUCGUCCUCGAUGUUUUGUCUUAUCUGCGGGGCAACGCCGACUUCGUCGACUGCGCCAGGCACGUGAUCUGGCCGACGGUCGCCAAACACGUGGCCGAUUUCCCCGACUUCCCUCGAGCGGCGGAGGAAGCGGCGACUAAGGGGACGACGACGACGACGAACGCGCAGAGAUCAGCUGCAGAGGGGAGCGUGGCGAAUUCCGAGGAACGAAGGGUCGGGAUUGGGGGGAAGGAGAAGAAGGCGAGCGCGUUUUUCCAGGACGGGAAAGAGCCGCGGAUCCCGAGUGUCGCGCCGGUGAUCAGCGUGUCCGGGACGAGAUUCGUCCCUAUAUUCACCGAGCUUCCCGAGACGGUAAUUCUCAACAUACUUCGUGCCAUCCAGUUUCAGUCCAUCAAUCCGAACGUACCGAUUUCAUCUCCGCCCUUCUCCUCCGCGGUAAAGAAUCCCCAAUUCUUCGAAUUGCUCACGGAACAACAGGCGAACAUCGUGAACAUCACCAACGCUCUGCUCCCCGCCAGUAUAAGGCCCGAGUUCGCCAACAAGAUGAUCGAUUGCCUUCGAGAGAACAGCUUCCUGGUGUGCACGAGGGACGUGGCGUGGCCGAUACUGCUGCAAUACUUCCCAUGGCUGCCCAACUUUCCGAACUUCGGUAUCGUCGCGUCGAGCACCUCCACCACCAAUUCCAGCACCACCGCCACGAUCACCGACGAAAAAAGCACGCUGACCGAGGUCAACCCCGCGCCCCCUCUGUCGGAGACGAACGUGAAGACGAGACAGCACGGGGACACGACGGUGACGAUAACCGACACGAGAUUCGUCCCGAUACUGAACGAUCUGCCCGAGACGAUCAUCCUCAACAUAUUGAAAGCCGUCCAACUCUCCGUCCCAAACUUGCCCGCCCCACCCGACUCGAUAAGCACCGAGGACGCCGCGUAUCCCCCUCACCUGACCGAGCAUCAGAUCAGCAUCAUGAGCGUAGCGAGGAAUUUGUUGCCGAUCCAAACGAGGGCCGAGCUCGACCAGAAAAUUCUUCCCUGUCUCGGGGAGAGGAGCUUCUUGGAAUGCACCAGGGACCUGACCUGGCCGACCAUCGCCCAAACGUAUCCCUGGCUCCCCAGUUUCCCCAAUUUCACCACCCUCGGCCAGACCUCGCCCCAGACCCACGGCUCCAUCCGAUUCCAAUUUUUGCUCGAAAAAUCGUCAACGGCGUCCCGCCUCGAGAAACCGGCCGAACGAACCAACGAUUCGAGCGAACGAGAGGGAGGAGUGGAGGAGAGGAUGGAGGAGGUUUUGUUGAACAUUCUCGGGAAAAGCGAGGACGGGUCGAUGGAUCGUUUGAACGCGACCGAUCUUCCAGCGUUGAGCGAGCGGCAAGCGAUGAUCGUGAGACGGAUCGAGGAAGGGAUACCAGAGGCGGAAAGAUCGACGUACGUGACGAGAAUGCUGGAUUGCUCGGCUCGUUACAGUUUCGCCAUCUGCGUGAACAACAUCGGUUGGCCAAUUUUGAAGCGAUACAAUUCCUCCAUUCCCGACCUUUCCACCCUUACCGACCUCUUCUCCCACUUGGUUGUCGAUGCGCCUAGAAUCCCUCAAUCUUUGCCCGACGCUUCUCCAUCCUCCCAGCCUUCAGGAAUUUCGCAGAUCGAGAUCGUGAAGUCCUCUACCGAAGCUUCCUCUUCUCCUUCUUCUUCUUCUUCUUCUUCCUCUUCUCGAUCGUCUUUGAGCGGCGAGGUGGAAGGGCAGGAUCCGGGGAACGGGGGUCAGGAGGAGGAGGACAGCCAGAAGAAAGGAAACCCAGCGAACACGCCGUCAGUAGACAACGGAGGAAUCAUCCCCGAGUACGCAGGCCAGCCGACAGGCAUCCCCAUAGAUAUCUCGAGCGAGAAGGUCCACGCACCGGCCAUCGGUAUCGUUCAGGAGAAACCGGAGGGGAGGGGAGGGCGUAGAGAGCGUAGAAGCACCAUGGAAUUGCGCGAUUCUUAUUACGAUACCGAUUACGAGACGGCCGGCAGAUUUUCGUCGAACCCGAUGUUCCCAAAUAUCACGGAAUCCGAGUAUCUUCGAUUGUUGAUCAGAGUUAAGGAGAAAACGAAAUCAUCCUCGAGAUCGAAACAGUAUCUCGUCGACAAUUUGAAUUCAACGAUCAGAGAUUCUUUGACGGCGGAUCAAUACGAAAUUUUGAAGAUAGUCGAAGAUCUGGACGGGCAAGCAUCGAGCAAAGGGCUCGCGUCGCAAACCAUGAAUUGUAUCCUAAGUCUCAGCUUCAUUAGGUGUUUGGCAAUCUUCGUUUGGCCUCUUAUCGCCAGCAAUUUUCCGACCCUCGGUAUCCUGGGUCGCUCUCUGAACAUAAACGGCUUUCGACGAAACGAUCCGGGACGUUCUUCCCUCGAAACGGAGAAACAGAUGCAAGAAUUUUUCGCCAUGUCGACGGCCGAGUUCGAGAAAGAAUUGUUGAAAAGGAAGGAGUCGAUCGAGAAAUUUUUCCUCGACUUGUACAGAAUGUUGACCGAGGAGAAGUUCGAGACGAGUAUCGGUUACUUCAAGAUCAAAGGUUAUGGAAAGGACGGGGCCCCGUCCUCCAGAGAGGGGAGAGGGGCCAAGCUGAAAGACAACAAGAACCUACCCAGCAUAUUGACCAUCAUAAGCGACAUAAUGGAGGAAGUUUUGGAUCAACGUCCGGAAGGGGAGAGGGCGAAGAAGGAGAAGGAGAAGAAGGAGAGGAGCAUAGAGGGGUCGAGGGAAUCCGAUGUUCAAUCGUUGAAGAAUGGGCAGGGAUACAUGGAUAUCAAGAGAUCGAUGAACGACGACGAGAUAAUUACCAUGUUCCUCGAUAAGAUCAAGUCGAACGACUCCGACGAGGUGGCGGUGGAGGAGGAGGGGGACGAAGGCACCGGGUAUCUCGCCUCGGAGGAUGCGUACAACGCUUUCGAAGUUCUUUUCGGCACGAAAUUACACGACAAGCUCGCGAGGGAAACGAGCUUGCUGCCCCUCGACUCCUCUCGAUCGUCCGAAUCGCCGGGAAGGGAGAGGAACGGCUCGAUCGAACCGAUCAAACGAGUAAAUAUCGUGUCUUUGGAAUCUCGGAAACGAGUCCCCAAUGGAGGAGACGAGUCGAAGCUUUCGCCGAUCAAGGAUCGAGUUGCGUACGAUUUUGAGAAAGAGCUGUCCGAGGGUCAGGAGGAGAGGCGAAGAAAGAAACGAGCUAAAGCUUACUUCAAGUCGUUUUUGGAGAGAUACUCGUCGAGGGAUAGGCGUUUAAGAGACGUGGCAAACGUCGAGGAUAACGCGAUCGACGACGAUGAAAACCAGCGAAGUGAGAACGACGAAGGAUUGACUCUGAUCGUUCGAUUGCCGCGUCUGCGGGACGAGGACGCGUCGAGAAAAGGUACCGCCGCUUCGUUGAGCAAAGCUUUCAAGUCGAAAAUGUCCGAGAUGAUGCCAGGCUUCGGCCUCGUCUUGUCUUUCUUGCUCCAAUUGGCUCUGGCGCAUGCGCGUGCCACCGCCUCGGUGGCCGGAAUGAUCAGCAACAUGGCACUGGGAACGGCCAUGUUCGGGAUGAUGCGAGAUUCUCUUUUCGGAACGAGCAACAAUCCGAAAAUUAAAUACGUUUACGAUAACGACAAGACGGGGCCGGGCAUCUCCUGGCCUGCUCAAUACGAAUACGCCCCUCAUUACUACGGUUAGUGAUAAGAUUGAUCCAACGUUUUAGAAUAGAUUCUUUUUCUUUUUACACGCUUGAUAGAUGGAUAGAAGAAGCGAUACUCGAUAUUCCGGAUAUUUGGUAACGCGAUAUCGCUCCACUUUUUCGGGAUACAUAUACAAUUUAGCCUACGAGCCAGUUUUAAGGAAUAGAAUGGGUUCCACGGUUUAUACGAUUUACACGAUGAUUGUACGCUAUAGUAGAAUAUUAAUAUUAUUAAGGCACGGGAUUUGAUGUACUAAGAGUUAAGAUUAUAACUUCGUUGUUCCAGGAUUCGUCGUUCACUCCAUUAAAGGUUGAAUAACAAUGAACGUUGUAUUGGGCUAGCUUUAAUUUUCUUCCGUACGCGACUGACGUAUAUAUAUACACGUAUAUGUAUAUAUAUAUAUCGUUCGUCGGUGCUCCUUCUCAGUCUUCCUGAAAAACAAAUUUUAUAUAUAUAUAUAUAUUAUACACGUAGACUUAUUAUAUAAUAGCACGGACUGCAGAGACUCGAUCUUAGCUAGGACGAACUAAGUAGUUCCCACGAAUUUGUUAACACGCGGAUAAAAUUUAUUAUUAGAAGCGACAGCUCUUGUUCGUUCGUGGAGGGGUUAUAAUGGUGAAGGGUUUAAUAACAAUAAAUAACUUCGUUGGGCAACUUUCUCUUAUCGAUCUCGGUAUAAUCGGUGCGCUCAAUGAUGAUCAAAGAUAACGCAGGAAUAUAUAAUGUUAUAUCGAAUAAAAAUCUUUAGUUUGUAAAACUGUAA